AUGGCGUCCGGCAACCAAGACGAACCCGAUCCAACUUCCAAGCUCAGAAAAGGGCUGUCAGCGACCUUCACUUCCGGUGUCUUCUCAGACCUCAGAAUCCACUGCAAAGGAAGCGAAUGGAAUGUUCAUAAAGUGGUCGUCUGCGCCCAAAGCGACUUCUUCAAUCGAGCUUGCGUCCUAGACUUCAAGGAAAAGAAAGAGAAUCUCAUUAACCUACGCGAAGAUGAUCCUAACAUUGUCCACGCGAUGCUGGAAUACCUCUACAAGUUCGAAUACCAUGGACACAGACAAGGCCCUACCGACCCUGGCAGUGUUAUGUCGUUUCAUGUGGAUGUCUACAUCAUAGCGGAGAAAUAUGGCCUUUCACACCUGAAGGCGUAUGCUCUUAAGAUGGCAAAGGGAGGAUUCAACUACAACCAACUGGAUCCCAAAUCUUUCGCACCGAUAGUCUCAGCUAUUUACGAUGGAACACCGGAUUCCGAUCGUGGAAUGCGCGACUUCAUCUGUAAAGUGGCUGCUACCCGUCUUUGCGACCUUUUGCUCUGCGACGAAUUCAAAGACCUGAUCAGAAACAACGGAGAUUUUAGCAUUGAUCUUCUGGGUACUUUCGCACUUCCGUCUGCUGCUAGCCGCAAAGAAAAGGCUCGGAAGGGUAACGUGGAAGCCCCUUAUAACUGGUUCCCAGAGUUCAGAACCUGA